AUGGAGAGAUCAAAUGCAACACCACUUUUCUUGCUGGUGCUAGUAGCUUUGUCCUCUUUGGCACAAGCAGAGUACAAGCUUGGAAUUCCUCUCCAAAAGUAUAGCCACAGUUCUUCUCAAUAUGAGAAGCCCGCAGCAUACAAACAGGUAGCAAUAGAAGGCUUCGUCUACUGCCAUGGGAGCCAGAGAAAACCUCUAGAAGGGGCUGCCGUGGGAGCCGUGUCAUCGGAGAGCAAUCGCUACGUCGGAGCCAAGACAAAUUCUUAUGGCUACUUCUACAUUCCUCUCAACUAUGACAGGCCCAAGAAGCCCGUGAAUCCAAAAUCCUGGAGAGUUUUCCUUGUCUCCUCCCCGGAUCAAACUUGCAGUGUCAAAACCAACACUGGAAAUGGCAAAACGGGAGCUUUUCUAGCUCGCAGCAAGUCAUUUUCAGAUCGCAUCCUUUACACCGUUGGCCCAUUCGAGUUUAUGCCAUUGCCUCCAGGGUACACACAAUCCCCCAACUAUUGACGUGUUGUGUAGAAUCGUUGAUACUCAAGCAAGUGAAUGAACGCUUGUCAUUUUAUUAAUAACAUUGUAUGACUUUUAUUUUGUUUU